CGCGCGGCGGGCAGGCCUGGAGGGGGCGGGUCCGCGCGGGCCUCGGAUCCGUACGCUCAUCCUGAGAAGAGGUCACGGCGUGGAGCAGCCGCCACUGCUGCCGCUGCGAGGUCUGAGCACCCGGCUGCAGCGAUGGCCUACUGCCGGCAGGAAGGGAAGGAUCGGAUCAUAUUUGUGACCAAAGAAGACCACGAAACUCCAAGCAGUGCAGAGCUGGUGGCUGAUGACCCCAACGAUCCGUACGAGGAGCACGGAUUGAUACUGCCAAAUGGAGACAUUAACUGGAACUGCCCGUGCCUUGGGGGAAUGGCCAGCGGCCCCUGUGGGGAACAGUUCAAGUCAGCCUUUUCCUGCUUCCACUACAGCACAGAGGAUGUCAAGGGGUCAGACUGUAUAGAGCAGUUCCGGGCCAUGCAGGAAUGCAUGCAGAAAUACCCGGACCUCUAUCCCCAGGAGGAUGAGGAGGAAGAGGAAGAGAAGAAGUCAGCAGGUUUAGAGGAAACAGCUCCUGCUGGGGCUACCGCUACCAAAGAAGAGGAGGGGUCAAGCUAAUGAAUGGACCUUUUGCAAAAUGCCUUUCAGUUGCUCGCCAAGAAAGUGUCUUUCCUUCUGUUGUUCCGUGCACUGUAAUGUACAAAAUAACUUAUUUUGAUGAUCGAGCCCUUGGGGGUUUUAUGCAUGUGUGUCCCACAUAAAUCUGUCAGCAGAUGUAGCUGCCCCUUUUUAAUUCUUUGUUCUCAGAUUGUCCUGAAUUUCGCCACUUUGAAAUAUGUGCUGAAUAUUCUCAGCAACCAAAAAUCAUUACACAGGAGUGUUUCUUGUGCAUGAGUUGAUUUAUUCUGACUCAUUAUAUCCCUUUUAGUACAUUUGUUUAGGAAACACAAAUAUUUUCCUUUAAAAAUGCCAGAGUGGGGCUAUUCCUAAUAGAAGAGGCCAGAUUAUCAGAUACUUAUUUCUCAAACAACCAUCUUGACUUUUUGUAUAUGAGGAGAUAUUCUGAGGUUAUUAUAUACUUAAUCCUUGAUACAUUUUGGUUUCCAUUUUUGCAUUGAACUUCAGGUUUUCUACAUUUGGAAAGUAGAGAUUUCGACCCUCUGAUUCAUAAUCUUUUUCUAAGUGAAGGGAAAGGAUGGUUAUCACUGUUCCUUGUUAUUUUGAAAGCCCUUAUUUGGGGAUUUGUUUAACACUGGUUCUGUCUCAGCCAGUUCAGAUAUAACGUUCUUGAGAGGUGGGGACCUAUUAUUACCAGAGUAACAGCCAAGAGGGAAAAGGGUAUGAAUUAAGUACUCAAUUAAAAGGAAAUAAGAUUUCUACCUGAUUUUCAAUGUGUCCUUGGUUUUUACUAGUUAAAAUUGUUUUUGAUGUAAGGAAAAAUAAAUUGAGAAAAGUUCUACUGAAAU